GAGAGGUUCCUCAAAAGUCAAGGUUAUAUAGCCGAAAGCCGUGGUUUCUAAUUUUGUUUGUAAAUAAGAAGCGUUUCAUUAUCUUAGCUAAAUGUUAAUCUUUUAAAUUUAGCUUCCUUUCCUUAAACGUAAAUGGCAAACAAUCAAGUGUCACCAAUGAUUCUCGUUAGUAAUGCAGUUGAGCCUAUGCAGGUUGAUGCACCUCCUGAAGACAAUGAUAAUACCGAAGAAGAUCCUUAUCUUGUGGAAAAUCCCACCUUAGAUCUUGAAGUUUAUGCUAAUAGUUAUACUGGACUUGCACGGCUAAAUAGACUCACCUAUAUAGCAGAUCACUGCCCUACACUACGGAUAGAAGCAUUAAAAAUGGCUAUAUCAUAUGUCAUGAACACUUAUAAUGUUAAUCUCUAUCAACAGUUGCAUAAAAAACUACAACAAGCUGUUGGAAAUGUGUCAGUACCUGAUGUUGCUGGAUCAUGCCCGCAAGAUAUUCCAGUUUUUGAUCCUUUAUGGGUUGAAAACAAAUCAAAGAAAGCAGCCUUAAAGCUUGAGAAACUUGAUUCAGAUCUUAAGAAUUAUAAAAGUAAUUCUAUAAAAGAAUCAAUACGCCGUGGAAAUGAUGAUUUAGGUGACCAUCAUCUUGACUGUGGUGAUCUGUCUAACGCUCUUAGGUGUUACUCAAGAGCUAGAGAUUAUUGUACUUCAGGCAAACAUGUUGUUAACAUGUGUCUCAAUGUAAUAAAGGUUAGUGUAUACAUACAGAAUUGGUCUCAUGUCCUCAGCUUUGUGAACAAAGCUGAAUCAACACCUGAUUUUUCCGAUUCUCAGGGAAAGGAAAGUAGUCAGCUUAUUCUCGGUAAGCUUAAAUGUGCUGCUGGCCUUGCUGAAUUAGCUACUAAAAAAUACAAACAAGCAGCUAAGCAGUUUCUUCAAGCUAACAUUGAUCAUUGUGAUUUCCCUGAUCUAUUGUCUCCUAAUAAUAUUGCCGUUUAUGGUGGGCUCUGCGCUCUCGCUACCUUUGAUAGAGCUGAUCUUCAGAAGCAUGUAAUCUUUUCAAGUUCAUUUAAAUUAUUCCUAGAACUCGAACCUCAAUUAAGGGAUAUUAUAUUUAAAUUCUAUGAAUCUAAAUAUGCAACAUGUCUUAAAUUACUCGAUGAUAUUAAGGACAAUUUAUAUUUGGAUAUGUACAUAGCUCCUCAUGUGAACACUUUAUAUACACAGAUCAGAAACAGAGCUCUAAUACAGUAUUUCAGCCCCUACCAAUCUGCUGAUAUGGGUAAAAUGGCUCUUGCGCUUAAUACUAGUGUGAGCGCCUUAGAAGAUGAAUUGAUGCAGCUGAUUUUAGAUGGUCAAAUACAAGCAAGAAUAGAUUCCCACAACAAGAUUUUAUAUGCCAAAGAUAUGGAUCAAAGGAGCAGUACUUUUGAAAAAGCUUUGAACAUGGGCAAAGAUUACCAACGCAGGACCAGGAUGUUAAUAUUGCGAGCAGCUUUAUUAAAAGCGCACAUCUCGGUCAAGAGCCCUCAAAGGGAUGUUGGUCAAGGUGCAGGAGAGAUGUCAGUUGCACCAGCAAGUUCCAGGCCUUAGCAUGUUAUUAAAUCUUUUUGUAAUAUUAAAUGUAUAUUUCUUAUGCGCUUUAACUUCAGAUUAUAUAUAGACCCAUAUUUAUAUAAUUAUAAUAAAACCGUGUUUCAAAAGGUUUUUACUUUUAUUUUAUUCUUUACCAAUAAGACAAGGAAAUAUCCUAAUAAAGAAUUUGUAUCUCUGCAGUAUACUUUUUAUUCCUGUGAAUUUAAAAAAGACAAAGCAAUGUGUUAUUAAUUUACCAUUUUCUUGUAUUGUCGUUUCUUAAAAUCUACAAGCCUUAGUGUAAGUG